GGGGCCACAGGCCGCAGCAUGGGGGGCCCUGGGCAGGGGGGCCGUGGAGGCUGGAGAGGCAGUGGGGUGCUGGGCGUGGGGGCGAAGGCCCCAGGCGCCGUCUGUUUCCAGGGCAGCUCUGCGGCCAUGGACGUGUUCCAGAAGGUAGAGAAGAUUGGUGAGGGCACCUAUGGGGUGGUGUACAAGGCCAAGAACAAGGAGACGGGGCAGCUUGUGGCCCUCAAGAAGAUCAGGCUGGAUCUGGAGACCGAAGGGGUCCCGAGCACCGCCAUCAGAGAGAUCUCCCUGCUCAAAGAGCUUAAGCACCCCAACAUCGUCAGGCUGCUGGACGUGGUGCACAGCGAGAAGAAGCUUUACCUGGUGUUUGAGUUCCUCAGCCAGGACCUGAAGAAGUACAUGGACGCCACCCCGGCCUCCGAGCUCCCUCUGCACUUGGUCAAGAGCUACCUCUUCCAGCUGCUGCAGGGGGUGAACUUCUGCCACUCGCAUCGGGUCAUCCACCGAGACCUGAAGCCCCAGAAUCUGCUCAUCAAUGAGUUGGGGGCCAUCAAGCUGGCUGACUUCGGGCUGGCCCGAGCCUUCGGGGUGCCCCUACGCACCUACACCCAUGAGGUGGUGACCCUUUGGUAUCGGGCCCCCGAGAUCCUCCUGGGCUGCAAGUUCUACUCGACGGCUGUGGAUGUCUGGAGCAUUGGCUGCAUCUUUGCGGAGAUGGUGACCCGCAGAGCCCUGUUUCCUGGCGACUCUGAGAUUGAUCAGCUCUUUCGUAUCUUUCGGACCCUGGGGACACCCAGUGAAGCCAUGUGGCCGGGAGUCACCCAGCUGCCUGACUAUAAGGGCAGCUUCCCCAAGUGGACCAGGAAGGGGCUGGAGGAGAUCGUGCCCAGCCUGGAGCCAGAGGGCAGGGACCUGCUCACGCAACUCCUGCAGUACGACCCCAGCCGGCGGAUCUCGGCCAAGGCCGCCCUUGCCCACCCGUACUUCUCGUCCACCGAGAGCUCCCCGGCCCCCCACCAGUGUGCGCUGGAGCGUUUCUGCCGCUGAGAGUGUGUGAGGCCCGCCGCCUCUGAGGCUCUCUCCGGCUGCUGCCCCCCGGCCUCCCCACUCACUUGCCAAGAAAGAGGCCACAUCUGGGGAGAGAGCAGAGUGGCAUCAGCUGCCAGAGGGCUGAGUUUGGGUUAGUCCUGCCAGCAGGUUGGCGUGUUCCUGUGUUGUUUGUUGGGUUCAUUGGUGCCGUUUCGAGAUAGGGGCACAGAAGCCCCAAGCACGAGGGAGGGGGUGCAUUAGAGGCGGGGUCCCCUGGCACCAGAACAGCAGGUGCCGAGGAGAGCGGGAAGCCUGCCCGGACCCCGAGGGCAGGGGGUCCCCCCGGCUGGUCUUUUUGGAUUUAAAGUGUUUUAGGGAAGAGUUGAGUUCCAGUUAAGCGUCCCCAAGUUAAACAGGAAGCGGAGCGAGGAAGACAGGCAGCGCCCAACCCCAGAGGUCGGGCAUGUGGCUGUUCGAAGGGGUGUUUUCACCUAGGAUGUGCUUGGGUUUGUCUGUCUCUGGCUUUAAGAGCAGAAAAUAAAAGCGACGCAUUCCUUUAAAAACUAA